UGGUUCAAAGGAUCGGCCUGCCGUUGUACGAGGUGAUACAAUCAAUGUACAGGAUAUUGCAUGCAUUACACACCGGAUCGACAAGAAUAGUGUAGCUUUGAGUCGAGCAUACAGUGCAAACUAUCUCAUUUGCUGCAGUUUCAUUCUACAACUUUUCACCAUGGGACACAUGAAAAAUAAACGCCGCAAUCAGGCAAAAGAGGCCGCUUUGCAAAGGGAGGAACGAUUGCGCCGAUUGGAAGAAAUGGAUCUGGAAAAUAUGCCACUAAGGUUGGACAUCAAAAGAAGGCUUACGUCGCGGUCGGACCGAGUAAAGUCGGUAGAUCUGCACCCGACGGAGCCAUGGAUGCUGUGCGCCCUGUACAAUGGCCACGUACACGUGAUGAACUACGAGAACCAGCAGCUGGUAAAAGAUUUCGAGGUCUGUGAUCUACCGGUUCGCUGUGCUCGCUUUGUGGCGCGCAAGAACUGGAUCCUCACCGGCUCUGACGACAUGCAGGUGCGCGUUUUCAACUACAACACCCUCGAAAAGGUGCAUUCGUUCGAGGCGCACACCGAUUACGUACGCUGCAUCGCGGUGCAUCCAACACAGCCGCUCAUUCUUACGUGUAGUGACGACAUGUUGGUGAAGCUGUGGAACUGGGAAAAGAUGUGGGCAGUACAGCGCGUCUUCGAGGGACACACGCACUACGUCAUGCAGGUCGUGUUCAACCCGAAAGACAACAAUACAUUCGCAAGCGCAUCGCUUGACCGUACGGUCAAAGUGUGGCAGCUGGGCUCGAACGUUCCCAACUUUACGCUCGAGGGCCACGAGAAGGGAGUAAACUGUGUGGAUUACUAUCAUGGAGGUGAUAAACCGUACCUCAUUUCCGGUGCCGACGAUCGGUUGGUCAAAAUCUGGGACUAUCAGAAUAAAACGUGUGUCCAAACGCUGGAAGGGCAUGCACAAAACGUGUCAGCGGUCUACUUUCAUCCGGAGCUCCCGAUUCUGCUAACGGGCUCGGAGGAUGGUACCAUUCGCAUUUGGCACUCGGGCACUUACAGACUGGAGACGUCGCUAAAUUAUGGAUUUGAGCGUGUCUGGACAAUUGCCUGCAUGCGAGGCACCAACAACGUGGCGUUAGGCUACGACGAGGGGUCCAUCAUCAUCAAGGUUGGUCGCGAGGAACCGGCGAUGUCGAUGGAUGUGAAUGGAGGAAAAAUUGUAUGGGCUAGGCACUCCGAAAUGCAGCAAGUUAACCUGAAAGCGCUCCCUGAAGGAACGGAAAUCAAGGACGGUGAACGCUUGCCGGUAGCGGUUAAAGAUAUGGGUGCAUGUGAAAUCUAUCCACAAACAAUCGCCCACAAUCCCAAUGGAAGGUUUGUGGUGGUGUGCGGCGACGGAGAAUACAUAAUCUACACGUCCAUGGCCCUCCGCAAUAAAGCGUUCGGUUCCGCUCAAGAAUUUGUGUGGGCCUCGGAAAACAGCGAGUAUGCCGUACGCGAAUCGAGCGGCACAGUGAAGCUGUUCCGUAAUUUUAAGGAACGGAAAAGCUUUACCCCCGACUACGGUGCAGAAGAAGGUAUCUUCGGUGGACAAUUGCUGGGAGUUAAAACAUCAUCUGGCUUAACAUUCUACGAUUGGGAAAAUUUGGAACUGAUCAGACGAAUCGAGGUUCAGCCAAGACACGUAUUUUGGAACGAAGCGGGCACACUGGUAUGUCUUGCCACCGAGGACUCUUACUUCAUACUGAAGGUUGACAUCGGCAUGAUUCAAAAUGCGUUGGCCACCAAGCAACAGUUGGGUGAAGAUGGCAUCGAGGAAGCCUUCGAUGUUCUUGGCGAAGUAAACGAGCUGGUGCGUACAGGACUUUGGGUUGGCGAUUGUUUCAUCUACACAAAUUCUGUGAACCGCAUCAACUACUAUGUUGGCGGAGAAAUUGUUACCGUUUCCCAUCUCGAUCGAACGAUGUAUCUGCUUGGAUACGUGCCGAAGGAUAACAGGUUGUAUCUCGGUGAUAAGGAGUUGAAUGUGACCAGCUUUGCACUGUUACUGUCGGUGUUAGAAUACCAGACAGCUGUUAUGCGGCGUGACUUCGAAACGGCGGAUCGUGUGUUGCCCACCAUCCCGAAGGAGCAUCGCACACGUGUGGCCCAUUUCCUGGAAAUGCAAGGAUUCCGCCAGCAAGCUUUACAGGUCUCGAUUGAUCCAGAGCAUCGUUUUGAGCUGGCGCUGAAAAUAGGCGAUCUCGAUACGGCGCUCAUGCUUGCUCGCGAAUCUGACAGUCCCCAAAAAUGGAGCCAGCUCGCCGGCAUCGCCACCAGCAAGAACAAGUUCGAUCUCGUCAAGGAAUGUCUGACGAAUGCAAACGAUUACGGUGGGCUCCUGCUGCUAGCAACUAGUACGGGCGAUGCGGAUAUGCUGCGGAAUCUUGGCGAGAACGGUGUCACGCAGGGCAAAUUCAACAUCUCUUUCUUGUCCAUGUUUCUGCUGGGUGAUUUAGAAAAAUGUUUGGAAAUUCUGAUCCAAACAAACCGGAUACCGGAAGCAGCAUUCUUCGCCCGGACGUACUUGCCAAGCAAAAUUUCGCACGUGCUUGAUAUUUGGCGUACGGAGCUGGCUAAAAUCAAUGAAAAGGCCGGUCAAAGCUUAGCGGAUCCACAGCAAUAUGAAAAUCUGUUUCCGGGCUUCUACGAUUCAGUAAAGACGCAGCAAUUUCUCCUACCAGAGCGAAGCACACUGCUGCCCGCGAACGUCGCUACCAAAGUACCACUCAACAUUGAUCGCACGCCUAUUGAGGAAAUGAAAAUGGCAGAAAAUGAAGGAAAGUUUGACUACAAUCCAAGCGCAUCGAGCGAAGCCACCGCGACACUACCGAACGGAAACGAUGUUGCUGCUGCCUCGGUUUCAAAGCACGUUGAUCCAUCCGUAGUAAACACCAAUUCCACACAACUUGCACCCUCCAACGUACCGCCCACGAUAACUACGCCCAUGGCCAAUGUGGGCGGUGUGUCAGCAGCGCAAGUAAAACGGAAAAGUUCACUGGAAGACUUUGAGUCUGAAAUAGAAGCGCUGAAUCUGGACGAUAAUAUCGAUACUUCGGAUGUAAAUAUAGAUGACGUCGAGCUAAGCGAUGAUUGAGCCUGCAACGAGAACCUCCGCCAAUCUCAAUAGUUUUUGGGCGGACACCGACAGACCGAAAGAUAGGGCGAGAAAGAAGGGAGACGUUUAGCAAAAGUAUUGUUUUUUAUUUACCUUCUCGCGCAUAUAUCGCAAACCGAACACAUCAGGAUGCACUUCCUAGAACGGUUUAUCGUUAAAGGAUAAAGGUACUGGACCGUUUGAACACCACUACCGCACAGCACCCUUUAUUCCUUCGUUAUCCUGUAACGUUAGUUGAUUCGUUCAAACAAUUAUAUAUUCCAUAUUCCUGCUUCGGUACUUUUUUAUGUUCAUGUGAAUUGAUUGCAUCUGGACGGAAUCAAGCAUUCAAAUAAAAUAAAAUAAAUUAAUUUGGGAUAUAUAUUCACCGAAAAA